AUGCGUACUUACGACGACUCCUUCAGCGGCCAGAAGAUCUACCCUGGCAAGGUGCGUUUGCAAUUCCAGUCGUCGCCUUUGGGAGGAAUUUGUGUGCGAGGGAACAACGGCAUCGCGGAUUCGACAUUCACACUUCGAUAUCUCAAUACCGUCACAAUUGUCGCUCUCCGUCUUAGCCGAACCGCCGCACAUAAAUUCCGCCGUGGCAAGCUGUUCGUCCGUGGCGACAGCAAGAUCUUCCGCUUCCAGCGUGGAAAGUCCGAGUCCCUUUUCCUCCAGCGCAAGAACCCCCGCCGCAUCGCAUGGACUGUUCUCUUCCGUCGCCAGCACCGCAAGGGUAUCUCUGAGGAGGUCGCCAAGAAGCGCACCCGCCGUGUUGUCAAGGCCCAGCGUGCUAUCGUUGGUGCUUCCCUCGAUGUGAUCAAGGAGCGCCGCUCCCAGCGCCCCGAGGCCCGUGAGGCUGCUCGCAAGCAGGCCAUCAAGGACGCCAAGGAGAAGAAGGCUGCUUCCGCCAGCGCCAAGAAGGCCGAGAAGGCCAAGAUCGCCGCCUCCAAGGGCGGUGCCCAGCGCAUCCAGAGCAAGCAGGGUGCUAAGGGUUCUGCCCCCAAGGUCGCCGCCAAGUCCCGCUAA